CCUCCCUCCCACACUCCGCGGCAACACAGCUGUGUCGCCAGCCAGCUGUCUCUCCCUCAGACUGCUCCCGUCAACGCCACGUGCUUGUUCUUGUCUCCUGUGCAACAAUAACAACAACUUAGACGGCGAACCAACGGUACGCGUUUGGCACUUCCGGUGCUGUCAGAGGUGGUGAAGUGCCCAGCCUCAUAAAAAGUCUUCCGGUGCUGCUUCCCCCUCUCCCCCCGCCCCGUCCGGCUGCUGUACUACUACUACUACUACUACUACUACUACUACUACUACUACUACAGCCACUGCUGCGCCUACCGAGAGAGAUCGCGUCCCCGGCUCUACUGACUCUAGCCUCUCAUCCUUAACCCCAUCCCUACUAAAACAACCCCCUCCCCACACCUAGUACCCCCGGCGACCCCUCCCUCGCCCCCUUCUUCCCCCUCCCCAGCCCUUCUCGCAGAUCCUCGACAGAGAGGCCUUUUGGAGUGAGCGACGUCUGCCAUUGCAAGCAACCAUGGCGUUCGCAGGCCUCAAGAAGCAGAUCAACAAGGCCAACCAGUUUAUGAAUGAGAAGAUCGGCGGCGUGGAAGGCACAAAGCUCGACGAUGACUUCGUGGAGAUGGAAAGGAAAACGGACAUCAUGUGCGAGCUGGUGGAGGACCUGCAGCUCAAGAUCAAGGAGUUCCUGCAUCCGAACCCGGCCUCCCGGGCCAAGAUGUCCGCCGUGAAGGGCAUCGGCAAGCUCUCGGGUCAAGCCAAGGCCGCCACCUACCCGCAGCCAGAGGGCGUGCUCGGGGAGACGCUCAUCACCUUCGGCAAGAAGAUCGGCGAGGAGAACCUCUACGCCCAGUCUCUAGUUGAGACAGGUGAGAGUAUGAAACAGAUUGCUGACAUCAAGUAUAACCUAGAUGACAAUAUGAAGAUGAAUGUGAUUGAGCCUCUCCAUCAGCUGUCCACCAAAGAUAUUAAAGAAGUCCAGCACCAUCGCAAGAAGCUGCAAGGCAGGAGGUUAGACUUUGACUGCAAGAAGAGGAAAAAGGAUAAGGCACUUUACACGCCCUCCAGUAGUCCAGCUCGCAGUCCAGGCAGGGGGGCUGGGUCCCAUGUCAGUGAAGAUGAAAUCAAGUUGGCUGAGGAUAAGUUUGCCGAGUCCUUACAUCUCGCGCAGAUGGGCAUGCAUAAUCUCCUGGAUAAUGAUGUGGAGCAGAUCUCCCAGCUGACUACCUUUGCAGAGAAUCUGUUAGACUACCAUAGACAGUGCACUGAGAUCUUAGAGGCCCUGGCUGGUACACUUCAUGAUAAGAAGAAUGAAGCCGCAAGUCUUCCCCGUUCAGAGUUCGUGCCAAAGACUCUGUCGGACCUCGGCGUGAUAGAUAGCCUGAAUGGUGGCCUUCCUACAACCAACAUCACAGCGACCACCCCACAGAGGUCCCCGUACGGUUCGCCCGCCCGGUCUCCGGCGCACACCCCCACGCACACCCCCCAGUACCCAGGCUCGUCCCCUCUGCCUUCCCCCAUGAGCUCUGGCCAGCCCAACUGGGACCCUCUCUUCCCCCCUGGAGGCCCUCCACGCUCCACCAAUGCAUCGCCAUUGCCCUCUCCCAUGAAGAGCCCUGCUAGGUCACCCAUGAUGCAGGCUCCAUCAGCUCAGGCACUCUACGACUUUGAGCCCGAAAAUCCGGGAGAGCUGGGAUUCAAUGAGGGUGACACUAUCACUCUUACCCAGCGAAUUGAUGAGAAUUGGUUUGAAGGAUCUAUCAAUGGAAAGAGUGGGCUAUUCCCUGUCAGUUAUGUUAAUGUGGUAGUCCCUCUUCCCUAAACUGCUGGCAAUGGCUGUUAAGCAUAGAAAUCUGCCUAGACCCUUUGGUACAUAGAACAUUGUGGUUGGAAACUUAUGACAGGUUAUUGUAAUGAGAUGUAUUGACUCAUCACCUUCUUAUAGGUGUAAUGAAUAGGCAGUACUUCUUUGCAAGCAUUUGAAGUAAACUUACACUCCAUUUAGGCAAUAAGAUUAGCAUGGAAACACGUAGGUGAAGAGAAUGAAUACUCCUAGUUAAAAGAAAGUAUAUACACAUACUACCCAAUUAUUUUUUGUUUGUCUCCAAUAUUUUGGUGUGUAUGUGUGUGUGUGUGUGUGUGUCUGGGUCUGGGUCUGGCUGUCUAUGUAUAAGAGUGUGUGUGUCCCUGUGCAUAUGUGUAUGUAGGUAUGCAUUUGUACAUACAUACAGCAUGUAUGUCUGUUUAUUUUACUUACAAUUUGAAGCUGUUUGAAGUGAAGAGGAAUUAUUACACACAUCUGUAAGGUUUCCUAAGAGAUGUUAAGAUAAAUGUACAGCACUUGUAUAUGUUACUCAUAAUUUUGGUAACAUUUUUUCCUUCUUAGCUUGGCUGCUGUUAGCAAAAAGAAAGUGAAGUUAAACCUGUUAAACAGAGUUAAGAUUCAAAGGGCAGUUUAAUGUUCUUUUGUGAAUUGUAACAUUGCAAGCCUAGUCACAUUUAUUUUCAAGGAAGGUGUUCAAUUGUUAUGUGUUGAAGAAGCCAGAGGACAUUCCAUGUACUCUUCAGGUAAUAUUGAGUCUGGUCAGUUCAUUGCAAUGAUUUAUAUAGAUAAGGCUGUUUUGUAAGUUUUACUUUGUCAUUAUCAAUUUGCCAGACAGAAUUUAGAGAUUAAAAGGUACUGAUUGAAGAGUUUGGAGAAAAGUAGUGUAGCCAGUCUUUUAAUUAUAAAUAAGCCAAAGAGACAUCAUGACAUACCCAAGGGUCUAGGCAGAGCCUGUGAAAGAGAUAAUUCAUCUUUCACUAUUUUUUGUGUGGAUAUUCCAGGUGUUAUAACUACCAUAAUUACCACAAUCAAGUGUCACCAACCAAGAUAUCCAGAUAUUUAAUAAGAUCAUAACUUCUCCCAGUGUUUCAUAAUGCAUUGAUCAAGUUUCGAUUACCUAUUUUGUGUAUAGGAAACUGAGCUUGCCAAGCGCUACUGAAACAAAAGGAGUGCUGAUCUCUUUCCCACCAAUCAACAAAAUGUAUUAUACUUGUCAUUAAGAUACUGUUAUCAAAAAUAUGUGAUGAUAAUUUCAACUGAUGCUGAAUGAGUCAAACGUGAGCAGCAGGUUGAAGCUUUUACCAUACUAGAAAUGAGGUUUGUCAGUUUAUUCAUGACUCAGUAUUGGCAUACCAGAGAGAACAUUGCCUGCUCCUCAUUACCUGCUAUGAUGCCUCUCAUGUAAUGCUCUCAAGUCCUUAGCUUGAGGAAAUGUUGCAUACAUAGUAUGUCAUAAACUGUUAUCUGCAGCUGUACAUCUUGUAAAGAGCUCAGCAAGUAUGAAGAUAAUAGUUUCAUGUAGAUUUCUGCAGCUUUGUUGUAGUGUUUCUUGAGAAAAAAUUACAAUAGUCUGCAGUUCAUCUUGCCAGUGUAUGGGACUGAAGAGCACUGCAGAUAAUGCAAUAAUGAUGUACAAUUAUCUUAAUAACAUCCAAGAGAAGCGGACUUGUUAGCCAAAGUGGGGCAGAAGCAUCAGUGUGUUAUUCUCAAAUCCUAGUGUCUUUGAAAAGUCAGCCAAUUGUUGUCUAUGUACUAUUGUGAUGUUUUAUGUGUCUCUGAUGUUGAGUGAUGGACUUGAAAGUUGUGUUGAAGUUGGAAAUAUCUGCCUUUUUUAAAUAUUUUUGAGGUAUGAAGAAAGUUCUUCAGUUAUAAAUCUUGCUCUAGAGUCACCAUAGUCAUUUUUAUGUCAUGGUUUGACUGGACCGUUUUAUAGUCUAUUGCACUGUAACUAGCAGUUGUUUACAUUCAGGCUGUCAUUGAGAUUCUGUGGAUAAUGAAGAGUAUUAAUUAAACUUUAUAUAUAUAUAUAUAACUUGAGAUUUGUAUUGAGUCUUAUUUUCAAAGAUGGACCAAUUCAUGCUAUCACUUGUGAUACUGGCUUGACUGCAGACAACUGCAGUUACAGAUUAAUUUAAUUCUGUUAGGCAGUUGUUGCAUAUUGCUAGAAAGUUUGUCUGCUGAGCAAGAAUAAAAGUACCUACCCUAUUUUCUAGAGAUUUGAUAUUUUUGGGCACAUGUUUAAGUGUUAAGAACAAGGAGUGAUGGAAUAUUCUUAAGUAAUGUUAUUAAUAUUCAUUCCAGUUUUACUUAAUGCUAUACAUAAUUAUUGCAAAUGUUAAUGCAUGUUGAUUACAUGUUAAAGUAAUUUAGAUGCCAUAUAUUGAUUACUAAAUCAUGUUUGAGAGAAAUGGCAAUAUUUUUGUCAGAAUCCAUUUAUUUAUGGAAAAGAACAUUAAUACACAGAAAAAGUAAUGCAUACCAUGAUCUAAAGUUUAAUUUAAUGAAAACUCAUAAUAUCAUGACUGCCUUUAGAGUUUGGUUGUACAUAAUCUAUUCUUUUGUAUCUAUUUAUUUUGAAGAAACCAAUUAAUAUAAGUGUCACUGUAAAUAGACUAAAUUUAGAUGUGCUCUAGCCUAGCAAGUUGGUUAUGAAGAUGGAGUUUGUGACCAUAGCAUGGUUGACCUGUAAGUCUUUCCUUUUUUAAUCCAGCCACAAAGGGCUGUCAUGUUGACAUUCAGUUUUGUAUGAUAAGGUAAAUUAGUGCAGUUUUGUGUCACUCUUUUUUACCCAGAAUGAAUAACAUGGCCAGAGGAGAUGCAAGCGAGGCCAAAAGAGGAUCCAGUUUCUGUCUCUCUUUUGUUGGUAACCUCUGCAUUAAAAGAACAUAUCUAUUGAGUUUGACUUUGUCAGACAUUAGAUUAGAAUGCUAAUUUUUGGCAGCUGUUUAUUGUGAAUUAUUUAUAGGUCUUGAUGGACUACCAACUUUUGGGUUCAUGUUUCCUACAUAGGGAGUUUGUAUGCGGUAAAGAGCAAAUGAUGUUAUGGUUCUGUUAGGUCAUGAAAACUAAGUAAUGUAAGUGUUGUGCAGUUCUGUACAUUGUAUUGUUUGCAAGUUUCAAGUCUACUUUCACUUUUAUUUUUGUAUAGAGACCCAGAUUGAUUGAUAACUUACAACUUGAUUUUGAUACUUUUUGGAUUAAAUUUUCUUUACUUCUUAGAAUUGUGAGCAUUACAAAUACCCUUCAUCUGCAACCUUUUAGUGCUUAUGGUUUACUUUGUUAAUGAAAUCUCCAAUAUAAAAAUGCUAGUGGAUAGUUUACCUGACAAAGCUGUAUUUUUCCUUCAUAAUCUGUAGUCCUUGGAGAUACAUUCUCCAGCUGUAAUAAGUAGGAGAAUCUGAACUUAGCAAGUUAACCUCAGCAUUUUGGCAAGGCAUCCCUCCCAGCAAAGACAUUCUUGAAAUUAUUUAUUGUACAAAUAGGUUGGCACUCGAUUCUUUAAUGGAGAUUUUAAAGAUUUAUCAUAUUAAGUAUAUAAUAAAUUAGGUGUAAAACAAAUUGUUUAAGUAAUUUUUGAGGUGUGAUCUGUAGCUCCAGAGUGAGAUGUUCCCACAUCCAGCAUUCUGUUUACACAGUGAAUAUCAACAGACUUGAAUGUAUAAUCCCUAACAAGGUUUUUAGUGAUGUAUCUAAUUUUAUGUGUCUGUUGUAGUCACCUGAGUGACAAAUGUGAGUUAGCUUGCUUACCUCUGGUCUCACUCCAGUAGACCUCUCUAUAACCCAUUUCUCAGCCUUGCUGUAUGUAACUGUGCCCCUUCUGAUGUUCACAUCUUUUAGUGCUAUUGAAUCUUCUGUAUCUAACGUCUGUACAUGUGAAAUAAACGUUGAAGAAUAA